AUGGCAGCCACUUUCUUGCCAGCUGACUCCGCGCCGAAAGGCAGCAACAACGGGUACGCUAUGCAGUACGGAAUGUACAACAACAAUGAUGACGUGUAUGGCCAACCACCAUACCUGAACAACAACGGCUUUCAUGCUGCAAAUAACUUUGCCGACAACUCUUUUGCAUACCAGGACGCCGUGAAGGCAUACACCAACAACAACGGUGGCAUGGCGGGCUAUCCCCAAAACGGAUUUGGAGGAGGGUUCCAGAACGAGGCGCAAAUGCCAGGCUACAAUGGGUUUGGCUGGCGCCAAGAGUACUCCCAGGGAGCAGGGCCCGAAUACGAGGCCCAGGAGCUUUGGUCCGCGGAGGCAGACGAAGAGUUUGCACAAGUCCAUGUCUUCGGGCCUCAGGGUGAGCAGGUGCCCGGAGCUGUAACAACCUUUCAGCAGGCACAGGGCAUGUUUCCAGACAUCCUCGUGCACAAGCUGAUAGAAGCAGGCUUCACCGCACCAACGCCCAUCCAAGCACACACCUGGGCCAUUGGGGUAGCUGGCCGCGAUCUUAUUGGCAUUGCCAAAACGGGCAGUGGCAAGACUCUUGCAUUCCUCAUGCCGGGAUUUCUGAAGAUCACCCAGACCCGCUCCAGGCUGCCGCAACUUUGUGUUCUCGCUCCCACGCGGGAGCUGGCAUGCCAGAUCGAGUCUGAAGCCGACCGCUUUGGCCGAGCUGCGGGGAUCCGGACGGCCUGCUGCUACGGAGGAGCACCUCGUGGCCAGCAGCUGGGCGCCUUGCGCCGCGGAGCGCAGGUCAUCGUUGCAUGCCCUGGAAGACUGAACGACUUCCUGUCCAGCGGUGCAGUAAGCCUGGCAAACGUUUCCUACUUGGUCUUGGACGAGGCAGACAGAAUGCUUGACAUGGGAUUCGAGCCACAGAUCAGACAGGUCAUCCAGCAGAUCCCAGAAGAGCGGCAGACGCUGCUGUUCACCGCGACCUGGCCGCGUGAAGUUCGAUCGUUGGCGAGCGAGUUUCUCAAGCGCCCAUACCAUGUUCAAACAGGAGCAGUCCACGAAAUGACAGUGAACAAAGAUAUUGAGCAGCGCGUCGUCUUCUGCUCUGAUGAGGAGGACAAGGCCCAGCAGCUCCUUCAGAUCCUGCACUCACUUGGCCGCGGAGACCGUUGCCUGAUCUUUUGCGAGAUGAAGCGCUCCUGUGAAAUCCUGGCCAACGAUCUUAUGCAGUACCAUGGGGUGCCCGCCGUGCGCAUCCAUGGCGACAUGGCUCAGUACGAGCGGACUGGCGCUUUGGAGGCCUUCAAGAGUGGCCAAAGUCCAAUCCUCUGUGCCACGGAUGUUGCCGCACGGGGCCUGGACAUCAAGGGGGUGACCUGUGUCAUCAACUACGACUCUGCAAGCUCUGCAAAGGAUUACGUCCACCGAAUUGGAAGGACGGGCCGUGCUGGUCAGAAAGGGUUGGCUUACUCCCUCCUCUUGCUCCACAAGGAGGACAAGAAAGCCUUUGAAAUUGCCUCUGUCCUUGUUCGCAGCGGUGCUGUCAUCCCUCCCGAGCUGGAAAAAUACGCCACCCAACAGAGUUCGGGUGGCAAAGGCAGGGGAGGCAAGGGCAAAGGCAAAGGAAAGGGCAAAGGCAAGGACGGCAAAGGUGGCUCCAAGGGCAAGGGUGCUGGCAGAGGAAAGGGCAAGGCUGGCGGAGCCAAAGGCAAACCGCCCAGCCAGUUUUGA